ACUAUCGUAAGAUACUGUAACUGUGAAAGUGCCAAAUGGGAAAUCCCGGACACAACAAAUUGCACUCAUAAAUGGAUUGCCGAAAUGAGGUCUGCUAUUGAGCGAGGUGAUCCUGCAGAGCAGAUAAGCACGAAAAUGGCUGCUGAUUUGGAAUCAACUCUUUCGCGUCAGCUUUAUGGAGGAGACAUUAUCGGAAGCGUGUCAUUGACUGAUGAUGUUCUUGGAUUGGCAAGAAGUCAGUAUGAUGCUUUAGAUAAUAGGAAUGAUAGACAAGCAAAGGCAGUAAACUUUACUGAGUCAUUUGGCUUAUCUGGUGAUCAUCUGCUAUCGCUAAAAGCUAUGCCAGUAUGGGAAGAAUUGGCGUCGUCGAUUCGAAUAGAUCACGCCUCUAUGCUAAUGUCUUCACUCGAACAGAGUGCUAUUCUAUUAGCGGAUUAUACAAUGGAUCAGCAGAUGAAGAUGCAAUACAAUAAUUGGGGUGAGCAGGAUACGCUAAACGAGACCGAGUAUGAACACCAUUGCGCUGCAAUUAAGAAAGCGGCAGUAACCUACAAUAAAUUGUCUUUAAAACAAUAA